CCCAAGUACCACCAAGUACCAACCAUCCACCCUCCUCGCCCAUCACUAGCGCACAUGCCGAACCCCAGUAAACGUCUCAGAGCUCCUACCUACGUCGAGUAAUGCUCGUACCUACGCCGAGGACUACCAAUACACAUUUUAUACAGCCUUACAUACUACUACUGCAAUUACCCGGCCAUCUCAGCUCUCGAAUAGAACUGUCGCGCGACCACUUUUACACCCCGAACUAAACGAAACGAAAUGGCGUCCCGCGCUUUCACACCCGCUGCGCUUCGCCGCGUCGCAAACACAGCAGUCGCGCCGAGGUGCGCGCGCGCGUUUCAGACGACGGCGAGGAGGGCGGAGGAGGGGAGUGUGUUGCCUGUGAGGAAGCCUGUUGGUGCUUUCCGUGGGGGGUUAUUCGGAUUCUUCCUCGGCAGCACCUUGACCGGCGCGGGGGUGUAUUAUUACGUCCUUGAGGAGUAUCGGGUUGCGAAUGAGUUGUUGACGGAGGAUAUUUAUUCCCUACAAGCCGCAGUCCAGCGUGUGCACGCCUACGUCGAGACGUUGGAGGAGAAGCUGGAUAAUGCUGAGAGGAGGAAGUAAACCAGUGGGCAAUUUAUACAGGGGAGGACUAUGAUACGGUCGGGGUCUGGCAGGGCUGGACUGGAUAUGAGGGAAGAAAAGUAGUGAUGAAGGAAGGGAAAUAGCGGAUGUUUUCAGCGGCUUGAUGGAACUGUAGCGAAAUGAGGGUUUGAGCGCGAGAUGUAUAUGAUCUCUAUGGAUACCUUGACG